UCUUGUGUUAUCAGACAUCGUCCGGUGCUCGUUGUCUUGACCUUGUGUAGCUUGUAUACUACCGGUCCUAUACAGAGCCACUAUACUGCAGGUCCUUUACAGACUUAGUAUACUGCCGGUCCUAUACAGAGCCAGUAUACUGCCGGUCCAAUACAGAUUCAGUCUACAAAAGGUACUACAAAAACCCGGGUGAUCUACAGCCUGUAUAUGAUGCUGCUGUCUCUCGUGACUAUCUGCCUUGCGCUCACUGCAGCGGCCGCGCAAACUCCCGCCCCUACAGGCUGCGUGCGCUGGUGCCGCCACAUCCACAACCCCACCGAGUUCUUUUGCUGUGCCGCGGACCCCAAUACACCCCACCAUCAUGGCCGAUGUCCUCAACGUUUCGUGACGACUGCCAUGAGCAACUUUUGUUCAGUUGACGGCCAGUGCCAGCCGUACGAGAAGUGCUGCUUCUCGUCCAGCACGCAGCGUCGCGCAUGCGUCGCGGCAGUGACCAACCGCCACCAGCCCCGUGUUUCGGUCAGGCUUGGGAACACAUUUUCCAACAACUUCGACGAUCUAAACUUCCCUAACACGUACCGAAAUGGAACACAAGGAUGGGGAAACAUGGGAGAGAUGGAACCCGUGGAUUGAAAGAAUACACGAAUGUUCUAAAAUAUCAAAUUAGUUGUAAAAUUCAUCGAUAUCGAUUGGCAUUCAAUUAAUUGUUAUUCCCUUAGAGAACACAUUCGUUGGUAACGACAAAGAAUUUUCAAACAAAUUAAUAAUUCAGAAGCACAUUAACUGGACUAACUAAUAAAUUACCUGAAGCUCUGUGACCCUCAAGCUAAUAACAAUAAGUUCGUUCAUGGAUAAAAAGUAAAGUGACGCAACCUUAAUAAACAGAGUUUGUUAACAAAACAUGGUUUUACAUAACUCAGAAAUUAAAAAAAAAGUCUAUUGACCUAAAAACUUUAAUAAUAAUAUAAUAA